CCAUCACGUACAUACGGUAUAGUCCGUCGAUAGCGUGAGGAUAGAUAUAGUGAGAGAAAAUGUAGACAGAUGAAAUACUGUAUAAUAGUAGGAGUAUUUAGAGAGAGAGAGAGAGAGAGAGAGAGUAAAGCUGUGUAGCACAUGGCCUCGUUGCAGCUGGGACCUCGCCAUCCUCCAGACCACCACGACCCUCCGAAGCUCGCCCCUCCUCCUCGCCGGCCGCCGGAUAUGGACUCCGACAAGGAAAUGACAUCUGCCGUUAUUGCGGGAAAUGAUCAAGUCACCGGUCAUAUUAUUUCCACUACUAUUGGAGGCAAAAAUGGUGAACCGAAACAGACCAUUAGUUACAUGGCGGAGCGAGUAGUGGGUACUGGGUCAUUUGGAGUUGUUUUUCAGGCUAAAUGCUUGGAAACUGGAGAGACUGUGGCCAUAAAGAAGGUUUUACAAGACAGGCGGUACAAAAAUCGGGAGCUGCAGUUAAUGCGCUUGAUGGAUCACCCAAAUGUGGUAUCUUUGAAGCACUGCUUCUUUUCUACAACAACUAAAGAUGAGCUUUUCUUGAAUUUGGUCAUGGAAUAUGUCCCUGAGACUAUGUACCGAGUACUUAAGCCUUACAGUGAUGCACAUCAGAGGAUGUCACUCAUCUAUGUCAAACUUUAUACAUACCAGAUAUUCAGGGGGCUGGCUUUUAUUCAUACUGUUCCUGGGAUUUGCCACAGAGACGUCAAACCUCAAAAUCUGCUAGUUGAUCCUCUCACCCAUCAGGUCAAGCUUUGUGACUUUGGAAGUGCAAAAGUUCUGGUCAAGGGUGAAGCAAACAUAUCAUACAUUUGCUCUCGUUACUACCGUGCUCCAGAACUCAUAUUUGGAGCAACAGAAUAUACAACAUCAAUUGAUAUAUGGUCAGCUGGUUGUGUACUUGCGGAGCUUCUACUGGGGCAGCCGUUGUUUCCGGGAGAAAAUGCAGUGGACCAGCUUGUGGAGAUUAUCAAGGUUCUUGGCACUCCAACUCGUGAAGAAAUUCGAUGCAUGAAUCCAAAUUAUACGGAUUUUAGGUUUCCUCAGAUUAAAGCUCACCCUUGGCACAAGGUUUUCCAAAAGCGGAUGCCUCCUGAAGCAAUUGAUCUUGCUUCACGGCUGCUUCAAUACUCACCAAGUCUGCGUUGCACUGCAUUGGAAGCAUGUGCUCAUCCUUUCUUUGAUGAGCUUCGGGAGCCCAAUGCUCGUCUUCCAAAUGGCCGCCCUUUGCCCACUCUUUUCAACUUCAAACAGGAACUGGCUGGAGCUUCACCUGAGUUGAUCAACAGGCUGAUACCAGACCAUAUCCGACGGCAAAUGGGUCUCAGCUUCCCACACCCGGCUGGCACGUGAAGAAAUUGAUGUAAGGUGGAAAAUCGACUCUUUUGCUGGUCCACUGAACGUAUAGUCUCCAUGGAUUACAUAGGUUUUGGCGUAACCACCGAUUUUCUCGUCCGACAACUGACGUGUAUGUAUGAAUAUAGCGUGGCUGUUUGUCUUAACCUGAAAUUGGGCCAAUCCGUCGACUAUGUCUCAUCUUAGCUAAACAAAAUCUUCCCCCCACUUCUGUACAUUGUUUUUGUUCGUAAAAGUUCUCAGAAAUCUACGAGUGCAAAAAAAAAAAUCAUAAA